ACAAAACAACAAACAUAUUGAUUUUUAUUUAUUGUUACAAUAUUGAUUAGUUAUUUAAUAAAUAUUACAAGUGCAUUAUGAAAAUUUAUAAAAAUUUUUGUUUCUCAAGUAAACAAAUUUUCACCAAAUCAUUUCUAUCCAUACAAUCUGAUUCCAUUUAUAUUCGGGAUCAUGUAAUCUACUAUGAGCUUGAUUUUUAUCACUUUAUACUCUCUAGAGUUUGAUUAAUAUAUAAUACAUGGAAGCUCCAUCAAGCAAACAACAUAAUCAACUUGAUUGAAUCAAGCAAAUCAUCUUUGAAUAAAUUUUAAAAAUAUUGUGUUCACUGCCUGUCUCUACAAUGAAAAGAACAGCUGAAGACCAGCUCUCGGACAAAUUGAUUGUAAUUUGGUUUUCAUCCCAACUUUUCGUCAGUCUGUUCAAUAAGCUUAAUCACUCAAUCAAUCACUGUUUAAUCAGUAAAACCAGUAACUUCAGUUACUUUGUGCUGCCGCCAAAUUUAAAAAUAAAAAAUUUUAGAUCUUAUUUUCAGCGCCAUCCAUCGAUAUAUUCAGAAAUGUCUUAUUAUGUGAUAUGUUGUCAUCUUACCAGGUAACCAGUUCUAGUAACCAAAGCUCCUUUAGUUUCGAAAGUUGUUUACAUUUGUUUUGUUAUCAUCUUUAUUUUAAUUUGUUAUGGAUUUCGUUAAGGGAAUCGACAAAUAUCCAUGGGUUGAUCAAUGCGAGAAAAUCAACGUGCGACAGUUUCUGUCUCUCUGGGAAUCACAAGAUUUAAGUCUUGAACUUGAACUCAAUGAAGAAUCUUUAGACCGUAAAGCCAUGGAGAUUUGCAAUAUCAAUGAGGAGACGAUUGAAGAUAUUAAAGAAGAUUUAGAUCCCGAAAAAUUAAAUCGAGAUAAAGAAUGGAAGGAUUAUUUGUAUGGAAAUAAGCUUUCUUUACCUAACCACAUUGCUUUACGCAGUGUUGCUGCACAAGUGAGUCAUAUUGAAAAAUGUGAACAAAACGACAAAUAUCGCCGCAUUGCUAAUCAAUCCUUAAAGUAUCGAAAUUAUACUUUCUUAAAUAAUCAAGAUGCCAGCAAAAAUUCUAGUGAUGAACCCAAAAUCGAAGGUCUAGAUGUCAUUUUAAAUGUUCAAGUAUUUCGACCAAUGCAUCAUUCCUUGCAUGUUGGGGAACAUAGGAAACAUGUUAACCUGAUCGCUGAGCAAGAGUUUUUGUGCCUUGGAAGGCAACUUUUAACCGCACUUAAAGAUGAAAUUAUUUGUUCUGUGGAAGUCAACCCUGCAGAAGAUUGUAGUGAUGAUCCAGAAAAGGAAAGACCUAGUGCACGAGAGUUAUAUACUUCAAGCUUUUUCUUCAUCGAUGAUUGUUUUUACAAUGAUUUUAGAUCAGCAAAUAACAUUGAUUGCAGCCAAGUCAUUAUGGAUUGGGCCAAAAACAAAGAGAGAGGAAUUGGUACUUUGAGAACCGCUAAAAUGGAGGAAACACGCUUCAAUGAUCUUUCUAUAAGGCUAGGUCAACCCUACGUAUAUGUACAUCAAGGAGACUGUGAACAUAUGAUAGUUUUCCCUGAGAUGCGAUUAUUUUGCCCUCAAACUGACAGCCCAUUUCUUAGAGAUUAUCCAAAAGUUUUUAAAACUGUCAAUCGAAAUGCUUGUAAAUGUCUCAUGUGUCACAUAAAUGUGGCUAAAUGGAUAGUUUUAGAAAACAAAAGGCUACCUUAUGAACCUUAUUUUUUCUGUAAUCAGUGUUUCAUGUCAUUUAACUAUGAUUCAGAAAAAAAGAAGAUAGGCCACUUCAAAGCGUUCCGUUAUCUCGAUGAAUCAGCAUUCUUGUAAUUUUUCGUUUAAUUAUAUCGUUUAUUUUAAUAUACAUCCAAUUCGAUAA